CUCUUCUCUCCUUCUCCUUCUCCUCUUCUCCUCUUCUUGUGCGAUGAGAACGAUGGGGUGCCUGCAGGCACGUGUGAUGCUGCUCCCCGUGCUGCUGGUGGUGGCGGCGGCAGUGUGCUGGAUGCCGUUCAUCAGCAGCGUUGUUGGAGAGGUGACGCUGGUGGAGGAUGAUGCGGGCGCGUUUCACAUCAACACUAGCGAUCCAAUGAGCCAACCGGUGUUUGUGAACGGGGUGAAUGUGCACGAGACACUCAGCACGCUGAUGAGCACCGUCUCGGUGCAGCAGAGCAUGAUCGAUUGUGUCUUUGGCAGCAAAGUGUGCACCCCGAGCGCCAGCACGUUUGGCCAGCUCGACUCCCUGGGUGGAAAGUGGCUUGGGGGUGUGCUGGCCAACAACGGCCUGAUCUACGCUGCACCUCGGAACUCCCCUUCCGUGCUCAUCAUCGACCCCAGCACCAACACCGUCGAUACAACCACAAUCACCGCACUUGGAACGGACAAGAACAAAUGGGCGGGUGCUGUGUUGGCACAGACGAGGCUUAUUUAUAUGUUCCCUUCACGAAGGGAGACCAUGCUCAUCAUCGAUCCGGACACCAACACAGUUGACGCCACCAGCAUCCACUCGCUUGGAUCGAUGGAUGCCAAGUGGUUUAGCGGUGUGGUGGCUCACAACGGCCUCAUCUUCGGCGUUCCGUACUUCGCCACGGCAGUUCUGAUCAUUGAUCCAGAAACCAACACAGCCGACACCACCACGCUGUCCGGGCUGUCGAGCCAGCAAUACAAAUGGUACGGCGGUGUGCAAGCGGACAACAGCCUUAUCUACUGUAUCCCCAGGUCGGCGUCUUCUGUCCUCAUCGUCAAUCCAGAGUCCUUCACAAUGGACCUCACAACCAUCAGCGGCUUCGACACGAGAGCAAAGUGGUUUGGUGGUGUGCUGGCAGGGAAUGGCCUCAUCUACACCAUCCCAGCAUCCUCUGCCACCGCGCUUGUUAUAAACCCAGCCACCAACGCCACCGACGAACUACCAAUCGCUCAGCAAAUCAGCGUCACAAAGUGGAUUGGUGGCGUGCUCGCACCCAAUGGCAACAUCAUUGGCAUUCCAUUCAGCUCUUCAUCCCUCCUCAUCUUCGAUCCAACCACCAAUACUACCGACACAACAACCGUCAACGAUCUUGGUGGCGACUACAAGUGGUGGGAUGGCGUGCUCGCACCAAACGGCCUCAUCUACGGCAUUCCACAUGAUGCCGAGUCGGUCCUUGUGAUUGACCCUGGGUGCUGAUGUGGGUGUGUGUGUGUGUGUGCAUAUGUACAUGUGUCUUUGUGUCUGUCUGUCUGCCUGUGUGUGCGUGUG